AUCUGCAUCAAUACUGAGAUUAUAGAGUGUUUUCUCAUACUCAAAUCCCCAUGUUACCAUUAAACCAAUGCGCUACCUGAGAGUUCGAUUAUCGCUCCUUAUUGCGUAGCAACCGCCAGUUAAGCUUGGAUCUACAGAAAAGUGGUGUUCAAGAAGCAACACAGAGCUUUGUCUCCUACAGAGAAAUCGACAGCUUUUUAGGCGAGUUUUGUUUGUAAUUAAUUGCAAUUAACAGUGAAGUAGAUUACGCCAGUGAGAGCAGAAUGAAGGAUGUAUACAACAUGGAGCAGUUUGAGACGAUCCUCCGAGAGGCAGGAAACAAACUGGUAGUUGUGGACUUCAAAGCCACCUGGUGUGGUCCAUGUAAGGCCAUCGGACCUGUAUACAAGAAUAUGGCAGAAAAUGAGGAGUAUAAGAAUGUGGUAUUUUGUACAGUGGACGUUGACGAGGCUCCGGAGGUGGCCGAGGAAUACGAAGUGGAAAUGAUGCCAGCUUUUAUGUUCUUCAAAAAUGGUAAAAAGAUAAAAGAAAUACUUGGAGCCAACAAAGACAAGAUCAAGUCUUUUAUUGAGGAAACAAUGUAGAAACUCGUCUUCAAAUUACGUCAAUACCCAAUACUCCAUCUCAUAGUCUUCUCCUCGUGAAGAUAAUUUGCAAACUGAAGCUAAAGUUAUCUUGUAGAUAUAGAAACACCAACGAUUAUGUACAUGAAUGAUAUUUUACUGAUAUUCCGUCUGGAUUGAUAUAUACUUCCAUGACGUCUGUUGGUGACUGUCCGUCCACACCGUACGUGUAUCUGACUAUAUCUGUCCGUAUCGUUUGUGUAUGCGGCUAUGUCUGUCCGUACCGAACACUUAUGUGACAAUGUCUGUCCGCAUUUAAACCGUACUAUGUAGGCAUAUCCGUCCGUACUGUAAUUUUGUUUGACUAAAUUACCGUACAUGUAUGUGACUUAUAUAUGUCUGUUUACGUACGUGUAUGUGUCUAUAUCUGUCUGUAUACGUAUGUACGUGUAUGUGACUAUAUCUUUCCGAUUACCGUACGUGUAUGUGACUAUAUCUGUCUGUAUGCAUACGUAUAUGUGACUUAUCCGUCCGUAUCUUACAUGUAAACGAACAUGUCAGACCGUACCGUCAGUGUAUGUGACAUAUGUCUGUUAGUAACGUAUUUGUAUGUGGUUAUGUCUGUUCGUACCGUACGAGUAUGUGACAAUGUCUGUCCGUACCGUACGAGUAUGUGACUGUCUGUCCAUAUCGUACGUUUAUUUGGUGAUGCCUGUCCGUACCGUCAUUUAUAUGCCAAAUCUGUCCGUUCCGUACGUUUAUGUGGUCAUGUCUGCCCGUACCGUACGAGUAUGUGGUCAUGUUUGUCCGUACCGUACUUGUUGGUGGCUAUGUCUGUCCGUUCCGUAGUUGUAUAUGACCAUGUCAGUCCGUACCGUACUUGUACGUGGCUAUGUCCAUACCAUACUUGUACGUGGCUAUUUCCGUACCGUACUUGUUGGUGGCUAUGUCUGUCCGUACCGUACUUGUUCGUGGC